AUACAAUAAGAAUAUGCAUCAAUCCUUUUGGAAUGAAAUUCGGGUGGACUACAAUAGACUCUCAUAUUUAACUUGUAUGGUCGACAGAUGUAUAUCUCCAUUGGUCAUGGUAUCCUUUAUCGAUAAUAUAUUGUUUCUUUGCAUCCAGCUGUAUCAAAGUCUUAAUGGUCAGAACAAUUGCAGUGACGUUGUACGGAGCGUGGCUAUAUGAUGCCACUAAAUUCCCAUUAAGAUAUUUAUGUUCAGUGCCAUCAGAUUAUUAUUGUGUUGAGGUGAGCCAAUUACUGUAGAAACAAAUUAAUCCCGGCGCCCC